GAGGGGGGGCGGGGGUGGUCGCCAUGGCGGCGCCCGGGGGCGGGGCCGGGGGCGGGGCCGCGCGGAAGCUCCGCCCGUGGCUGGUGGCGCAGGUGGAGAGCGGCCGCUUCCCCGGGCUGGUGUGGGACGACGCCGCGCGCUCGGCGCUGCGCAUCCCCUGGCAGCACGCGGGCAAGGGCGGGGCCAGGGGCGGGGCCGGCACCGCCCUCUGCCAGGCGUGGGCGGAGUUCAAGGGGCGGCUCCGCCCCGGCGCGCGGCCCGACCCCGCCGGCUGGAAGACGCGGCUGCGCUGCGCCCUCAACAAGAGCCCGGAGUUCCAGGAGGUGCCGGCGCGCUCGCGCCUCGAGGGGCCCCGCCCCUACAAGGUGUACCGGCUGCUGCCCGCCCCGCCCCCCCCGCCCCGAGGUGGGCGGGCCCAGAAGGGGGCGGGGCGCGCGGAGAGGCGGAGCCCGGCAGCGCAGGAUGGAGAGCCCCGCCCCAACGGCGGGACGGCGCCGUCCCCCAGCCCCGUGGAGGAGCCGCCCGAGGAGCCACACCCAGAGGGUGGGGAGGAAGCCGAGGACCCGCCCCCAGCCCCCCUGAAGCUGGACGUGGUGGUGGACAGCCCGGAGCCCCUCCCCCCUGCACAGGGCGAGGCCUGCCUGGGGCUGCGGGUGUGGCUGGGCGGGGCGCUGGCCUGGCAGGGCUGGCUGCCCCCCGGCGAGUACCUGCUGGGCCCCCCGGCCCCGCCCGGCGCCGCGCCCCGCCCCGGGCUGCUGCCCCGCCUCCUGCUGCUGCCCCCGCCCGAGGACCCCGCCCCCGGCCCCGCCCUGCGGCGCCUGCUGGCGGGGCUCCGCCCGGGGCUGCUGGUGGCCAGCGCCCGCCGGGGGCUGUUCCUGCGGCGCCGGGCGGGGCCGGGGGCGGGGCCGGGGGCGGGGCCGGGGCUGGACGUGCACUGCCGCGCCCCCCACGGCCCCGCCGCGGGACAGGGCGGGGCCCUCCCGCCCGGGGGGCUGCUGCAGGCCUUCGACGCCCAGCGCUUCCGCCACGAGGUGGGACAGCACCGCGCCGGGCUGGGCCCCCGCCCCGAGCACCGGGUGACACUGGCCGUGGGGCAGGAGCUGGGCCCCGACGAUGGGCCCCACAACCGCACCCUCGUCCUGCAGCUGGAACAAGCCUUCGCGCAGCAGCUCCUCGACGGCAACCUGGGACCCCCCCGCGCCCCCCUCGUGCAGGCCUGAGCCCCACCGCCGGCCCCACAGCCGGCCCCACAGCCGGCGGGUCUCGACUCACCCGCGGGGCCGCGCGUCCAGUUGCAAUAAAGACGUCCCAGCGCCCCUUUC